UCGUGUGGCGGUGUACGGGUCACUGCUGCGAUAAUGCUGACUCGUGCGCAUCGAGAAAUGAGCCUGACGUGGUCGUCAUCAUGGCUUCUACCUCGGGCAGCGCCAGGCGCGUGCUGAGGCUGGCCAGCCAGGUGGCCCGGCCUAUGUUCGCCGGUGGUAACGUCAAGCCGGCGGCUGUGGUAUCGGCGCACUGCUGCUGGCCAGUAUCGGCGCCCGGAGCCAUUGCCCUGCGAGGUUUCAGCAGCGGGCCGCUGUGUUGCCAGAUGCAGACCACUGAGCUGUACCGCGAGGAGGCCAUUCCGCUGCAGAAGGCCGAACAGAAGAAAACCGCCGUCAUCCACGAAGGGCCCUACAAAGAACGACACGUUACGGUACACACGUGCGCCGAGCUGUUCCGCGAGUGGAAGCAUACUCGGCCGGGCUACAAGCACGUCAACGAGGACGGCGUCAGCGUUCCCCUCACCUACAUCCACACGGGUCUGGACCGCCAGGCGGCGGCCGGCGAGCCCGUCGUGUUCGCUCUUCACGGGGCGCCCGGCACGUAUCGAGAGUUCGACUCCCUGGUGCCCGUGCUCGACGCACAGGGCGCGUCGGUCAUCGUGCCCACCUUGCCAGACUUGAAUUUCACCAUGAAAACGCAGAGCUUCUGGCACUCAGUGGAAGAGCGGACGGAUCUCCUCAAAAAGUUCCUCAAGGCCAUCAACGUACGAGAAAUCGACAUGAUGGUCGCACACAGUAGCUCCAUGUAUCCAAUGCUCCAUCUGGCGUUACGAGACCCGGAAAUCAAUAUUAAGUCUCUAGUAUUCAUCGCCCCUUCUGGCUGCCGGAGAAUCACGCAGCUGAGUCCAUACUGGAUGAUGAAGAGCUUCGACCAUUGGUUCCGGGUCCCUUGGCUUCAGGAUUUUAUGUGCUGGCUUGCAGUGUACAUCGUGCGGCUGCUGGGCAAGCCCAACAACAAUCAGAUGAAGGGCACCAUUCUGUCCAUGAUCACUGUUAGGAAUUCCAAAUACGAUGAGGCAGGGCCCAUGGUAUGCCAGCUGAAACGUCGUGGAGUGCCAAUGCUGAUGUUCUAUGGUGAACGGGACAAGCUGAUCGAUGCAGCGGUGAGCGAGGAGAUGGCCGCCAUGAUGGGUGUGCAGCUAGAUUCCGUGCACGUCUACAAUGGCAGAGAUGACAAAACCGCAGUCUUAUUACAGUCCGGCAAACCUGAUGGAAACUGUGAAGUUGUUUGCUUCAAGCAAGGAACGCACUAUGCAUUUAAGAAGUACCCAAACAUUUUUAACGAUUUUAUACUUCAGUUCUGGAAGAGGAACGAACACACUCGCACUUAAUUUUGUGUACAGAUUAUUACGGCAUCCCCCCCCCCUUUUUUUUUGUUAUAGUGCAGUUUUAGGAGUUUUGUCAGGCAUUACUGCGGACGUUUUUGUGAAAAUGCCUAUUUUUUGUGCAAUUGUUUUUAAAGACAAUUUAUUUGUACAAAUGUAUAAGUUAGUUUGGUUUGAGUGAUCCAAUCGCAGGGGCCACCCCAGCCAUGCACUUGCUCCCUAUUAAAAUGCCAUGUCUGUAUUCCUCACCAGCUCCACGAAAUAUGGCAGUCAGGAAUUUUUAGCAUGUGGUUGUUGCCACAAUUUAUGAAAUGUUGUGCCUAUGGUAGCUCAAAUGUCUUUCAAGCAUUUUGCUUACAGUUGGGAACAGUCAAGAAAUUUGCACCAAAGUAAAAAAGACAGAAAAAAAAACAGUCUUGAUUAACGCCAGUCUCACUUAACACUGAUGACAGAUGCUGCAUGGCAGCCCAAAUAUUCACGAUGUUGAAAUCUCUCGCGAUGCUGCAUUUGUUCUGCAGUCAUGUUGUAUAUUGGCAGAGCAGAAAGACUCUGCAGGCAUCGCUCGUAUGCAGGUGUGUGCAACGAACAUGACCAACACCAUUUUUUUUUUUUUUUUGCAGACAGCAUGCAGAAAUGCUAAGAGUGCGCGGUUAGAAAUGGAAGGACCAAUAUUCACCGCUGCUCUUACUAGGUCAUUCGCUUAUUGAAUGCCACCUGAAGUGGUAACAUGUCCGCGUUGACAGUGGAUGCUAUGUAAGAUAAACACUAAAAGCUAGCACCUGUUGUAAGCCAAUGCGUGUAUAUUGUUAUUGACCAAUACAAAUAAAUGAAUUUGUUUUACU